GUAUAGUAUUUGUUUUUUCUCUUUCUGUGUUUGAUAGAGAAUAAAAUUUCUGUCAUGUACAUAAAUAAGAUAAGAUAAGUAGAAUAGACUGUAUCAUGGCUUCAGUAAAUGUAUUAUUAUAUAAGGCUAACAAUGUCGAAACAAAGAAAAGGAAGCCGAAAAAACCUUUGGUCUUGUUUUGUAUUCAUUUUCUUUUAAUUUAAUUGUACUGUGAUUCUGCUUGGAAGAUUUAAACUUUGUUUUUUUAUUUUUACUCCAAUUUUUAAAAGCAUAAAAAUUGACUCUGAAAUUGACUUUGCGCUGAAAACUUCGUGUGACUGCACUGAUUAAAGUUGAGGUGCAGGCGGCUAUACUUCCAUGGAUUACAGCAGUGCAUAAAAGAGAAGAAGAGAAAUACGUUUCGUAUGAUUUAGUCUAGAAAAGAUUGCUGUUGCUGUUUCUUUUUUUGGAUUCUGCGUAAUUUUUGUUCACAGAUUAACUUGUGACAAUAGUGGAUAAAUUACUUAAAGCGGUACAUAAAAUCGUUAAAAUAUUUGAAAAACACAUGUGAUAACACUCAAUCAUGCUCGUGAUAAGCAGAGAUCGGAGUUACAAUACAGUUAUUGUUAUUUGCCUUAUUAUCGAAAACAACACAAUGUUUAACUAUUUGCUGAACGGGUAUAAUACUAAAUGUGUUGGAUGGUUUUAAAACAAAGAAGAAGUUUUCGAACGGGAAACGAAUCAGUUUGUAAUGAGCACAAUUUUUAAAGUAAUCACUAAACAGAUAAUCAGUAACACAUUGCUGUAUUAGAGCAACCGUAUUAUUAUUUUGCUGAUUAAAAAAUAUGAUUAUUUUCCCGAAAUAAUAUGCUUGAGUUCCAGGUUUAACAUAUUGAAUGAAAUAACUAUUGGACGUUUCCAAUGUCCAUCCAAGUAUAAUUUCAAACAAUGUAUAGUUCUGGAAGAGAAUGGAGAAAUUAAAGAAUUACAAUUGCCAUUUCAUUUGAUUUUAAGGUUUGUCUUUAUGACUCAUCACUCAAUAACUCUAUAUCCGUCUAUUUUCUAAUGAUCAUAGCAAUCAAUGAGCCCAUGAUCUUAUGAUAUUAAGACAAUUACGACGCCUACUGUGUCAAUCAACAAGUGAUACAGAUCAAUUUAAAAACGAUUAUCGUAUACUAAUUAAACGUUUGAUAGCGUUUGAAAUGAUACUCGAAGCACUGAACUUACUAUUUCAAACAGAUUAUGUUAAUUUAUUGACAAUGCGUUUAUUUCUAUAAGAAACUAAAGAUUAUUUAAAUUUAAAUAUGGAUACAUUAUUAAAACAUGAUGAGUUAAUUAGUUUAUAUGACUAUUGUAUUGAUAAUGUAUCGACGAAAUUGAAUAACAAUAUUCAGGAGCACAUGGCAACAUUUGACAAGAAGUUGAAACGUUUAUCGGCUGUCUGUUUAAUACAUUCAUUGAUGAAGGAAGUAUGGCGUUAUGAUUCAAAAACUCCAGAUGAGUUUUUACAUUACAUUAAACAGGAAGAAGUAUUAGAAGUUUUCAAUACACAUUUUGAUACAAUAUUAGAGUCAACACGAACAUCCGGAGUGUUCACCAAAGUGACUUAG